ACCUAGGCCGGUGCGUCGGCCCGUUGGGCCUAUGGUCUUACCUUCCAAUUCACUAACCGCGGUUAGCUAAUCCUGGUUAACCGAAACCCUAACAUCGCUCCUCACCACCCGCCUCUAUUUAAAAUCCAUGGCCGAGGCACGAAAUGGAGCUCAAGGCAUUUGACGGCGUCUUUGCACACGCCUCAAUUUCUUCUCCAUUUCCAUCCUUUUUUCUUUUUCUUUUCCUUUUGCCCCUCGAUUCCAUUCCUGAUCUGCGAAGAUGAGAGAGUGCAUCUCGAUCCAUAUCGGGCAGGCCGGUAUUCAGGUUGGAAAUGCCUGUUGGGAACUUUAUUGCCUCGAGCACGGCAUCCAGGGUAAAAGAGCAUUGCGCUUGCCAGUCGGACAAUUUCUAUACGUAUACGCAUGUGGUAUUGAAUGAUGUUCACCAGCAUUAACAAUACGCUUUUCUCCAGCCUGAUGGCCAAAUGCUUAGUGAUAAAACCAUUGGUGGCGGCGACGAUGCAUUCAACACCUUUUUCAGCGAGACUGGAGCUGGGAAGCAUGUCCCCCGUGCGGUCUUUGUUGAUUUAGAACCUAAUGUCAUCGAUGAAGUAAGAACUGGCGCAUACCGCCAGCUCUUCCACCCUGAACAGCUAAUUAACGGCAAGGAAGAUGCUGCAAAUAACUUCGCCCGGGGCCACUAUACCAUUGGCAAAGAAAUUGUUGAUCUCUGCCUUGAUCGCAUCAGAAAGCUAGCCGACAAUUGCACUGGUCUCCAAGGGUUCCUGGUUUUCAAUGCUGUUGGUGGAGGCACUGGCUCUGGCCUUGGUUCACUUCUCCUUGAGCGUUUGUCCGUGGACUACGGCAAGAAAUCUAAGUUGGGUUUCACUGUCUACCCAUCUCCUCAGGUCUCUACCUCUGUGGUUGAGCCCUACAACAGUGUUUUGUCGACCCAUUCUCUUCUGGAGCACACUGAUGUGUCCGUUCUCCUUGACAAUGAGGCAAUCUAUGACAUCUGUAGGCGUUCCCUCGACAUUGAACGCCCCACCUACACCAAUCUCAAUCGCCUCGUUUCUCAGGUCAUUUCUUCUUUGACCGCAUCACUGAGGUUCGAUGGUGCUCUGAACGUCGAUGUCACCGAGUUCCAGACCAAUCUGGUUCCAUAUCCAAGGAUCCACUUCAUGCUCUCAUCCUAUGCCCCUGUCAUCUCUGCGGAGAAGGCUUACCAUGAACAACUCUCCGUUGCUGAAAUCACCAAUACCGCCUUCGAGCCUUCUUCCAUGAUGGCAAAAUGCGACCCGCGUCAUGGGAAGUACAUGGCUUGUUGUCUCAUGUACCGUGGAGACGUCGUGCCUAAGGAUGUUAAUGCCGCUGUUGUCACCAUCAAGACCAAACGCACCAUUCAGUUCGUCGACUGGUGCCCGACCGGGUUCAAGUGCGGGAUCAACUACCAACCGCCUACUGCGGUGCCUGGCGGUGAUCUGGCCAAAGUGCAGAGGGCUGUGUGCAUGAUAUCCAACUCCACCAGCGUCGCUGAAGUCUUCUCACGCAUCGAUCACAAGUUCGACCUCAUGUACGCCAAGAGGGCCUUCGUGCACUGGUAUGUUGGUGAGGGAAUGGAGGAAGGAGAAUUCUCUGAGGCUCGUGAGGAUCUUGCUGCACUUGAGAAGGACUACGAGGAAGUUGGCGCAGAGUGCCCUGUGGAUGAAGAAGGCGAAGAGGAUGAGUAUUAAGUGUUCUUUGCCAGCUGCCUUUGUGAAGCACAUCGAUGUUUCAGGCUUCGUGCCUUUGUUUCCUGCCUGCUGGGCGUUGCGUAUAUGCCAUAUCGUCGAGUUCACUGUUUGUGUGUGUAAUGCGUGAGGCUUCCGGUCAUCGUGGUUUCUACUGUUAAACGGGUACCAUUAAUAAGAUACAUCGGCUCGUCUGAUUUAGUGUAUGAAACUGGUUGGAGUGACAUCGCACUCGUUGCAAGGCCCUACAUAUAAUGGAGUGGCCUUGACUGGACCAAUCAGUUCGAAUCAAUCUUGGACCUCACUUGAGCAGAUAUAGUAUCAUUGGCAGCGAGUCAUCUGUCUACUCACCUUAUCUCCAAAUUCCUCUCCUUUCCUUUAUCAUACGAACCUCUCUCUAUUCCCCACGCAAACUGUUUGAUUUUCCAAAACUUCAUGGCAGCCAUCUCCGCAGCAGCACUCUCAGCCGCGGCGGCCGCCAUUACAUCCUCCGGAGCGAGGAGGGCGCCCACAGUGCGGUAUGUCGGAGGCCUGAACUCCUUCUCAGGGCUCAAGGCCGACAACGAGGUGUCAUCCCUCGGCCAGCCGACGACCGCCGCACGGUCCUUCGCUAAGGUCGCGAGCUCCCUGCGAGCGCCGCCGAAAGGGAAGCGGAGCAGCGGCGGAGCAUUGUCGACGACCUGCAACGCCGCGGGGGAAAUUUUCCAGAUCGCGGUCAUCAUGAACGGCCUUGUCUUGGUCGGCGUCGGCGUCGGGUUCGUCCUCCUGCGAGUGGAGGCGUGGGUGGAGGAAUCGGAGUAGGCGCAUGCGUGCAGCAUUAUUAAUAUAUUGUUAAUUCUGUCCCCGCAAGCUUUUGUUCCAGAUUUCCAGACGUUCAUUUGGUUUAUUUGCAAGCAACAAUUUCUUUUCUGAA